AUGGCCACCACAGCCGAGCGCGCCUUUCGACACUCGAGAGCCGCUUGGCUUCAUCUCGCCUCCUCGGCGCGGAUCAAAGGCAAAGGCACGAGACCUGGACCCGAAGCCUUACCUUCAUCAAAGGGCCAACAGACGCGUGUCCGAGGCAUGUCGUCGGGAUGCCAAGGCCCUUUGGCUCGAGCAGGUGAGCAAGCGGCUGCACCCCACGUCUCCAGCAUGCACAGAGAUUCGAUUUCGCUGCAGCCGGCUGCAGCUGCUACUCUCUCGGCCGCUACAAACGAUCCCAUCCUCACCAGCGUAGCCGACGGCGCUGCAUGA